AUGACUCUCCUGCCCUCGCCCCUCGCUCAGUCCACCUUGGGCGAGAAGUGCGCACUCUACUUGGACCACGUUAGCGACCAUCUUCCCGUGUUCUUGCACUCCAUCCGCCCUCGACUGGACCCGUAUCUGACAUACUCGGCCACCACCUUCCGAUCGGUCGCGCAGGCGCUGCCAUUCGACGUUGACGAACAGACUACCGCUUUUGGUGCGGCCUUUCUGAUCGUUGUUUUCACCGUCGUCGCCAUGAGCUGGGGAAACACCUUUAACAACUUCUGGCGCCGCGCACCGAACUACCCUGCCCCACAGGUCCGCGAUGAUGAUUACAGCUACAUCACGCCAGACUCCAUUGUCGACCCUCCCUCUCAGGUUUCGCGCUACGGUACUCAAUAUGAAGCUGGCCCAGCCGAGAAUGAGCCGGAUAUCAUCUGUCUCAAGCACCGUGGCACCAUCUACCCACUUCACUUCCGCGCCUAUGCUAUUGACGACGGUCUCCUGAGGGUGGGGGAUCUACGCCAUACCGCUGCUGCAAAGAUGGGUGCCAACAACCCGAAUCAAAUUCGAUUGCUGUACAAGGGGAAUCUGUUGAAGGAGGAUUCUCGGACAUGCAAAGCCGAAGGGUUGAAGCAACAUUCUCAGGUGCUAUGUGUGGUCUCCGAGGUUGGAUCCAACACACCCAGCGAUCUGUCAGACUAUGAUAGUGGCCCUGCUGAUAUCCCCAUCGUUCGGCCUGGGUCAUCGUCUUCUUUCGUCGACGGGGAUGACGCACCCGGACCCGCAAAACCCCCAAGCAAGAAGAAGGGCAACAAGAAGAAAAAGAAGAAGGGAGGCAAACGCAGCGAAGAGAGACUUGCACCCGAAACGCUAGGAAGUUCACCCUCUCUGGCACCCUCUUUGGCACCCCCGCGACCUACGUCCGCGGGUCGUUCGUCUGCCCCGUCUCCAGCACCUAGCAUGAAGGCGUUGAAGACCCCACUGGAGCAGGUAACUGCGUUGACCGAAUACCUCCAGCGGGAGUUGAUCCCCCUCUGUGACGACUACCUGGCUGAUCCACCGACCGAUCAGAAGAAGCGGGAGUUUGAGUACCGCAAGUUGAGCGAGACAAUCAUGGCGCAGGUGAUGUUGAAGGCCGAUGGUAUCGAACCGAACGGAAACGAGACUGUUCGCAAUGCACGCAAGGCGCUUAUCAGGGAAGCCCAAGACUCAUUGAACCGGCUGGAUCAGGUUGGCAAACCGCAGCCCUAA